AUGCUUACUAUCUACAUAUACCUUUAUCUAUCUAUCUAUCUAUCUAUCUAUCUAUCUAUCUAUCUAUCUAUCUAUCUAUCUCAGUCUCUUCAUAUCUAUCAAUCUAUGAACCUGUUCAUAUCUAUCUCCAUCUGUUUCUUUCUAUCUAUCUAUCUAUCUAUCUAUCUAUCUAUCUAUCUAUCUACCGAUGCAUCUAUCACAGAUUCCACAAUAUCUACCGAUGCAUCUAUCAUAUCUGUUUAUAUAUAUCCAUCUAUCUAUCCAUCAUAUCUAUCUAUCUAUCUAUCUAUCUAUCUAUCUAUCUAUCUAUCUAUCUAUCUAUCACAGUCUGUUUAUAUGUAUGUAUGUAUGUAUUUAUGUAUGUAUGUAUCUGUCUAUCUGUCUGUCUGUCAGAGUGUUUCUAUCUAUCUAUCUAUCUAUCUAUCUAUCUAUCUAUCUAUCUAUCUAUCUCGCUAG